CGUUAAGCAGCCCUAAUUUAGCCGACAGGGACUCGUUGGCAUCGGGCGGCAUGCGGGCGGCCAGCAAGACCCUGACCAGCCUGGUGCAGGCGGCAGCACCGGCGCUGCGGGAGAGCGUGAUCGAGUGCUUUGGGACUGCAGGUGUACGCACCAUCACCACAGACCUCAAGGCUGCCCUCGCCGCCAAAAUUCCCGGGGAGCAGGAGCGCCUGAAGAAGCUGAGGAAGGAGCAUGGCAGCAAGGCGCUGGGCGCCUGCACCGUGGAGCAGGCCAUCGGCGGCAUGCGAGGCGUUCCGGCCAUGCUGUGGGAGACGAGCCUGCUGGACCCCGAGGAGGGCAUCCGCUUCCGCGGCUACUCCAUCCCAGAGCUGCAGGACAAGCUGCCCAAGGCGAAGGAGGGCGGCGAGCCUAUCCCAGAGGGCCUCCUGUGGCUGCUGAUGACUGGAGAGGUGCCCACCAGCGAGCAGGCCCAGGCUGUGACGGAGAUGCUGCGGGACCGCAGCAAGCUGCCGGACCACGUGCUCAAGAUGCUGAGCUGCCAACACCCCGACACACACCCCAUGACCCAGCUGGCCACCGCGGUGCUCGCGCUGCAGGUGGACAGCAAGUUUGCGGCUGGAUACCGCAGCGGCAUCCACAAGACCAAGUACUGGGAGCCAGUGUUUGAGGACUCCAUCGACCUCAUCGCCAAGCUGCCCACCAUCGCCGCCGCCAUCUACAGGCGCGCUGUGCACGCUGGGCUUGCCCUGAUUGAGGCGGACCCUAAGCUGGACUGGGGCGCCAACCUGGCAUACAUGAUGGGGUACACGGAUGAGGGGUGCCUGGAAAUGAUGCGCCUGUACCAGACAAUCCACACCGACCACGAGGGCGGCAACGUGUCGGCGCACGCCACCCACCUGGCAAGCGCUGGCCGCCGCUCUCUGCUGCCUGGGCGCACCGAUGCCAGCUCGCCCGCGCUGAGCGAUCCCUACCUGUCCUUUGCGGCGGGCAUGACCGGCCUGGCGGGGCCGCUGCACGGCCUGGCCAACCAGGAGGUGCUGCGCUGGCUGACCGACGUGCGCCAGCAGGUUGGUGACAACGUGACCAAGGAGCAGCUGUCUGAGUUUGUGUGGAGCACGCUGAAGAGCGGCAAGGUGGUGCCCGGCUUUGGACACGCGGUGCUGCGCAAGACGGACCCGCGCUACACGUGCCAGGCGGGCUUUGCCCAGAAGCACAUGCCCGAGUACCCGCUGUUCAAGCUGACGGCUCUGCUGUACCAGGUGGUGCCAGACAUCCUCAAGCAGACGGGCAAGGUGAAGAACCCGUACCCCAAUGUGGACGCCCACAGCGGCGUGCUGCUGCAAUACUACGGCAUCACCGAGGAGAACUUCUACACCGUGCUGUUUGGCGUGUCACGUGCGCUGGGCGUGCUGAGCCAGGGCGUGUGGAGCCGCGCGCUGGGCCUGCCCAUCGAGCGCCCCAAAUCGCUGACCAUGGCGGCCAUGGAGGAGCGCGCCCUCCAGCUGGAGUCCUCUGCCUCCAUCUAGGCUGAUGCCCCAGUCAUCCAUCGUCCCGUGGCGGGGCUGCCUAGCACCGUUACACCCCCUCCCCGAGUCAUCACUGCUCGCGCUCACUGCCCCACUGUGCGCACGCCAUUUCUGCGGCCACAGCAGCUGAGGGGGCGAAGCUCCAGCCCUGGCCGCCCCCCGCGCUCUGCGAGCGCGGGCACAAGUUGUCGUUGCGCACCUGCCCACCACACAGCACUUGUUCAGCGCCCCUGUUCCACACCCUUCUGUUGCCUCCUGUGACCCGUUGUCCAGUGCCCAUGCAUUGUGGCAGCCUGCGGCUGCCCUGCCUGCUCCCUUGAGCUGCUCAUUGUGCUGCUCCUUUCCCAUGCGCCCGGCGUUUUGUAGCAGGCUCCUUUGCCCUGCGGUGUCCCCGGGCCCCCUGUUGCCGGCUGAACUCAUCACAUGUAAUCUGCCAUGCCGGCC